CGGGACAGCGAGCCACAGCCAAUCCCCAGCGGCCUGCGGUGGGGCCGGGCGGGAAGAGCCGGUCCUGCGGGCUGCGCUCUCCCGGCGAGCAGGGGCGCGCGGGGGCAAGUGGCCGCCGCCGCCUCCCGGCCCCACUUGUGAGAGUCUGCAGAGCGCGCGGGGCCGAGGGCCGUCCCUCCUGAGUCUGCGGUCCGCGCGGCGCACGUGGCGCGCUCCGGCCGCGUUUGAAGGCAGCGCCCGUGAGAAACCGGCUCGGGGCAGACGGGGGAGUCGGUGCGGCUGGGGCGGCCCUGAGCCCUCGCGGGCGCGGCCAGUCGGCACGUGCAGCCGCUGCUGUGCUCUCGUGCCCCGGUCCCCAAAGACCCGCCGCACCCGGCUCCGGGCGGGAGGUAGCGGGGCUGGGAGGCGCCAGGAGCCGAGGGGAGGGGCGCGCAGGAGGUGGGCGGCCCGCCGUCCGUCCGUCCGCCGGCCUGCCCGCCCGCCGUCGGGUUCGGCGCCGGGGACAUUCUGCCGCCUCCGCUCUUGUCCCUGCGAGCGUGGGCAAGGCCGUCGGGGGCUUCCGUGGGCUCGGCCUCUGCCUCCGCGGGAGGAAAAGCCAAGGGGAAGCCCCUGGCGCCUCCGCCUCCGGAGAGCCGCGGUGUCCCCGGGCUGUGCCGGUGCUGAAGACGAGCCCUGGGCGGGGCGCCCGCGCGUCGUGCCUGCUGCUGUCCGUGUCCGGAGCGGCGCCCCGGCCUCCAGCCCCGGAACGCGGGGGCCCCACUCUGCUGGGCGUGGGCGACGGCCGGUCAGGGGCGCGCGGAGCAGCCGUCGCGGGGCCUUGCCGCGGCCUCCAGCGCCCCAGGGCCGGGGAAUGCAGUGGCCCCCGACCCCUGGCGCCUCUCCGUGUCCCGGCUGGGCCUCCUCGCUCGCCUGCGCCGCGGCCGCCACGCUCCUGAGCCGUGCCGCCCAGGCCCCCCUCAUGGCGGCCAAGUGGUUCAAGGAGUUCCCCCUGAACCUGAAGACGGCGUCGGAGCGGGCCAAGCCGGGGAGCGCGGGCGGCGGCAAACUGCGCAAGAACUCGGAGGCGAGCGGCGUGGGGCCGGUCCCGGGCAAGGGCCGCAAGAACUCGGCGGCCGAGCUGGGGGGCAGCAGGUCCGGCGUGGGGGCCCCCAAGGACAGCCGGCUGUCCCGGGACAGCCUGCAGGGUCUGAUUCAAGCCGCGGCGGGCAAGGGCCGCAAGAACUCGCGGACCACCGAGGAGGAGCCGCACCGGAGCGCGGCCAAGAGCUCGGGCUGCAGCACCUACAUCAACCGGCUCAUCAAGGUGGACGCUCAGGAGAAGAACGGCAAGAGCAGCUACCCGGGCGGCGGCAGCAGUAGCAGCAGCAGCAGCAGCAGCAGCAGCAGUAGCAGCUCAUCCUCGGCAUCCUCUUCCCCUUCCUCCCUGGGCCCCGAGCUGGACAAGGGCAAGCUGGCUAAACAGCAGGACACGGUCAUCAUUCUAGAAGACUACGCUGACCCUUACGAUGCCAAACGGACCAAAGGUCAAAGGGAUGCGGAGCGAGUAGGGGAGAACGACGGGUACAUGGAGCCGUACGACGCCCAGCAGAUGAUCACAGAAAUCAGGCGCCGCGGCUCCAAAGACCCCCUGGUGAAGGCGCUUCAGCUACGGGACAGCCCCUGCGAGCCUGGGCAGGACGGCGGGAAGCCAGAGGCCUCGGCCAAGAGACGGAGCUCCAAGGACCUGCUGGCCAAGCCACCGCAGCUCUACGACACGCCCUAUGAGCCCGACGGCAAGGCGCGGCCCCCGGACAGCCGGCUGCCCGAGAGCGACGAGCGGCCGGCUGCCGAGUACGAGCAGCCUUGGGAGUGGAAGAGGGAGCAGAUCGUUCGGGCGCUGUCAGUCCAGUUCGAAGGCGCCGAGCGAGCGGCCGUGAAGGAGGAGGCGCCGAGGCAGCACCACCGGCAGAAGAGCUGGACCCAGAAGAUCCUGAAGCCAGCCCUGCCUGAGCACAGCGAAGGCGAGAAAGUGGACCCAGGCCUGCCCCUGGAGAAGCAGCCGUGGUACCAUGGCGCCAUCACCCGAGCUGAGGCCGAGAGCCGGCUACAGCCCUGCAGAGAAGCCGGCUACCUGGUUCGAAACAGCGAGUCGGGGAGCAGCAGGUACUCCAUCGCGCUGAAGACCAGUCAAGGCUGCGUGCACAUCAUCGUGGCCCAGACCAAGGAGAACAGAUUCACCCUGGAUCAGACCAGCGCCGUGUUCGGCAGCAUCCCGGAGCUCGUGCGCUACUACUCCUCCGAGAAGCUGCCCUUCAAAGGCGCCGAGCACAUGACCUUGCUCCACCCCGUGCACAACAAGCUGCACUAAGACUGGGCCGCCGUGAGCCCCAACCCGCUCAUCCGGGGACAGGGCGGGGCUGGGAGGCCCCAUGCACCUGUGGGAGAGGCUUGGACUGUGAGUCCAUUCCACGCACUCGGUUCCUUACCUGCCCCUCUUCUCCCUGCCGCCUCCGCCUGCAGAGCGGGGCAUGCUGUUUGGGCUGUGGCCCCCGGGAAAGGCAAGCAGAGAGUUCAGGAGCAUCCAAGUCCUCCAGCAGCGCGCAGGCCGGUGGCUGCCUGGGAUGCCUGGUGCCUAAGCAAAGCCGCAGGGCAUCCACGUGGCUGCUGCGUGCCGUGGGGCCAGCGUUGGGCAGGGAGUCCUUUGUCCCCACGCGUCCCAGCUCAGCUCUGGAGCUCGUGAGAAUGCGCUCCUUUUCCGUGAGCCUCUCUAAGGAAGUGGUGUCCCUGGUCUCAGCUGUCCUCGGCAGGCUUUCAGCAGGUCACCGACGGAAGCGGGAAGACGAAGGAAGACGCCGCAGAGUUAGCAGUCACCGGUGUACUGUGAAGAGCUGGCUUCAUGAUGGUAAUAACAAAUCAUAAAAUAAAAUGCUCCCCCAAGGUUCCGUUUCUGAUUUUUUAAAAUCCUGAAAAUUUAUAAAGCUCAACCGCUAUUUCCUUAUUGGAUGAUUAUAUAGAAAUUCUGAUAUCUGUUGCCUUUGUGCAUUUUAGUUGCUAUGCAAUCAUUUAAAAUUGCUCUAAAUUUAGAUUUGCUUUGUAUUUUUAGUAAAUUUAAAGACAAGUGCAGCUCUGGGACCUGAUUGUAGACCCUGGGUCUGCAGUGCAACCGGGAUUGCUUGCUGCCGUGCACGCCAGCCUGGUCUGCACCGCCCAGGAGAACCUGGGAGGCCGAAGGCUUCUCCAGCUGUAGCCACUUAAGGUGUUGCGUUGGUCCGGAGUACUGGCAUCUUGAUGGCUUGUCACAGGCCUGCCAUCCCCAGUCACCUACUGUGAAAUACAGGCAUGGCGGGACGGCUGAGCAGCGCCGUCGUUACAACAGGCAGGGGUGUGUGUGCGUGGGGUUGGUCCAGGUGGCAACGUGCUGUCACCCGAGGAAAGUUUACUUCCAUAAGCUGCUUUUAAAUACACACAGAAAGGUUGGCUUGGUCAAUUUUAGGAAAAUGUAUGUUUCUAGCUACUAUUGUUUGUUACCACUUAGACGUUAGUAAAUUGUUGCUUUUCUGUUAAGAUCUUAGCCACAGGGUUGUGUGAUCUUUGAUUUUUAAAAAUUUGAUACAGAACGUUCUGUGUUUAAGUACCGUUAGAAUGUUUUAAACAAGCCUUGGUUUGUGUACUGUGCGAGGUGUUCUUUGAAUUUUCCGUAGCGAGAGUUUCAGUCCAUCCAACACAUAUUUAUUCUGUUCUAUAUACAAAUCAUUCCUGUGUUAAACUUGUUUUAACCUUCCAAAAAUGAAACCUUAUUUUUUUUUGCUUAACCUUAUUCUUCAAAGAAAAUAUAAGCAGUUAUCCUCAUUUUAAUAAAUGCUGAAAGCGUUGUUAGA